AUGGCAACACGCGUAGUCGUAGAUGAUGGUACGUCGGUUGUGACUUAUGGAGAUUGGAGCAGCAAUGAUUCAGAUGAAAAGUUUAAUCGUCUCUACGAAGCUUGUCAAAGUGAUGAUGAAACGGCAUGUUUAGAAUUGGGGAAAUGUUACGUUUAUGGUCCCUCUGGUUUCCAUAAGGACAUUUUGCUUGGAGAGUUUUACAUUGCUAAAGCCGCAAGACAAGGUAACAAAGAGGCCAUUGCGUUACUGAACGAAAUACCAGCAUUACUGUCAGAAGGGCCUGUUGAAAAUAGAGACAACGUUUGGAUUGAGGAAGCGUCUGCCAAGUUGAAAAGAAGUAAAGGGAAUUGUGUAUUACCUCGCCUUCCCGUUGGCAGCUUUAUAUAUAUUACAAAAAACAAACAUACUGACGAAACCAAAGAGCUGCACAAACAAUCACAGGGUGCAUUGAUGGACGUUCUACAAAGCAGGCCAACAGUGUGGCCAAAGGAGAUAGUCAAUUCAUUUGGGGAUUCCCCUACUGCAAGAAAAUACGCCAAAGCCAUCGAACUCAUGCAAGCUGUUCACAACAUGCUCGUCAACCCACCAAAUAAGGAAGAUCGCUUCAAACAAGUUGAAGGUAUUCACUUGUACAUGGAAGGUCAUUUCUAUGAGCCAAUGGCAAAGAACACAGUUCCAUUAUGGCAACCUCAUUUUGAUGAUGUUGAUAAGCUUAUAACGGAUACACUUAAAGAAAACAAAAAUGACUUUGCGUGUCGUCUUUUAAGGAUAUGUAUGUAUUCUGAAAUCGAGACAUAUCGGUCAAAUUCGGAAGAUCUUAUCGUGGCACUCGAGGUUUUGGUGAAUGAUAUAAACUUGCACAGUGCAGUUGGCAGGCGAGUCCAAGAAAACCAAGAUAAUGAGCGGACAAAAAUGAUCAAAUGCAAUGCAUUGGAAUUUCUUGGAGCCUUAUACUGCACUUCAAAUCAAGUAUUGAGGUCAAACGACAGUUACCGAAAAUGCCUUGAUAUGUUUCCUUCGCAUCUAAAUGCUUUAUAUAGUAUUGCUUUCAAUCAGUUCAACAAGGCUUUAGGCCAAACACUUAACAAUGAUAAUACAACAAAUCCAAUGGUAAAUGAAAUGGAGCAAAAUGUCACUGACAAGAGCAAGGAUAUAAUCAAAAACGGAUCCGAAUCAGCAUUCAAACCGUAUCUAGAAAUUGCUCCAAAAUGCCACCGAAAAUAUCAUUUCGCACUUUACAUGUCAGCCUUUGAGAGCUUGCAAAACAAUAACUGUCGGGACGUGGUGGAUCUCUACGAGAUGGCCGUGGAUGUUGAGAAAAAAUCUCUUCCUAUGUACCAUAUGCAAAAUAAACCUGCAGUCUACAAUAUAAUAGUAGUGAUGUAUCCUUUCAUUAAGUCUCGAUUAUGCGCUAAUACAAAUUGUACCAUCCAAAGUAAAGACCUUAAAGAGGUUCUGCGUGCACCACCGGGAAAACGUUGCAGUAAGUGUAAGAUGGUGAGAUAUUGUACGAGCGAUUGCCAGGCUGCCCAUUGGCCAAAGCAUAAACUUACUUGUAAAAGGCUAAAGUGAUAACGUUGUGAGACGUAAGACGUUGAAGUGACAAUGAUCACUAACUGUUGAAGAGACAGUGAUCAUUACAUAAAGUUAUACGUAUGAAGUUAAAGUGACAAUGAUCAGUACAUAAAGUUAUAGGUAAGAAGUUGAGCGA